AUGUCUGUGAGCGACAACUCUACCUUGGAUGUAUCGCAUGAGAGCGACGGUAUGGGCGGAUACGCGUAUGGAACGGGGGACAUGGCUGUUAGCCCCGAAGAGAAAUCCCCAUAUGCGACCACACAGAUAGUCGCAUUGGACGUCGGACCAGAACCGACCCGGUUUCUUGUACACGAUAGCGUUUUGAGCCGGAGCAAGGUUCUCGCGGCGAAGUCUUUUCCAGUGGCUUUCGUCCAGCAACCAGUACUUCUACCAGAGCUGGACCAGAACACAGCACACACUUUGAUUCACUACUUGUACACUGGCAAAUUUCAAAGUCUCAGUAUCCUGGCGUCUUCCGACAAGAUAAUCCCUGAGUUGUACAAGUUGGGUACCAGUGUAUAUUGCGCUGCGGCUCGUUACAAGCUACCAGGGCUUGCUGAGUUGGCCCAGAAUAAGAUGAAGUCUCUCGACGAAGAAAUGAGUAUUUUUGAUAUUCUCUCUGUAGCGAGAGAUCAUGCAUUCCCUCUACUACCAGAGGACGAUGUGUGGUAUCCAAGCUAUGUCGAAGAUUCGCUCAACAACGCCAUGGCAGAUGAUCCGGAGCCGUUCCGAAAGCCGGAUUUUAUCACUUCAGUGGGUUCCGACAGCAAGCUCUUACAACUUGUCUGGAAGACCGUGAUGAACAACUACGCUCGAGCGCCAGCAACACCUGCAGCCAACGACGAGGAAACUAGCACUCCAACAGCUGAACCUGUACCGGAGCUGCAGGAGUCGAUCGGUGAUGAAAACGAUGUCUCUGCAGUUGUGCCACAAGAGACCGACGAGGCAGAUGAAACCGCAGUAACAGCAGUUUCCGUGCCUGCUCCAAGAGACGACGUUAUUGAGGCGCCCAUUGUAGAAGAUAUCAUCAUUCCGAAGCCCAGCAAGGAAGCUGCUCCAAAGGCGGAAGACGCUCAACCCACUGAGGACAAGCCAGCAACUCUUGAGCCUUUCACAGACGAGCUAGACUUCAAGUCCUCGAAGACCUACCAACAGAUGGGUAACAAGAAGCCAGAACAAGUCCAGGCUAGCGCUAUCUCUUCGGGAGAGACCAAAGCAUCCGCUCACGUACGCUCCGACUCAGUCGUGCAGAUUGAGCAACCGUUAGCGCCUCUUAUCGAUGGAGGGAUGAAGACCGAGGGUGGCACCAGUGGGAAAGAUGAGGCUGAGCAAGCACUGGUCGACCAGGAAGAGCUGAAACCCCUCUCUAAAAAAGAGAAGAAGAAGAGGAACAAGGCUAAGACGGCAAAGGCGGGUGCUGUUGAGUGA